GGAAGGCAUGUGAAAUGUUUUCUCUCCAUUCAUUCUCUGAAAUAAAGAAAUAUUGUUUGAAAAUCAGAAUUGCAAGGCCGGGACCGGGACGGGGAAGGAAGAGAAAGAGGAGACAGGAGAGGGGGAGGUUUUGAUGAGGGUUGCAUCUUGAAUUUCUUAAAAUUUGAUCGAUUGACAUUAGCAGCCUCCCCAGAAGCUGUCAUCAGUCAGUCGAUCUCGCGUACAGGAAGAAUCUCCUCACUUCUCCCACUUCCCUCGCCGCCCGGCAAAUUGUUGCAUUACCUUGUCGAUGCAAGAAAUGGGUCCUCGACAUUUUGCUCUGCCGUGAAGGUUUUCAAGGCAUUCAUCAUUCGGGAGAGGAGGAAUUGUUGAUGGGUCGCCGUCGAAAUGAGGUAGCGGAGAGGUGUUCAAUCAAGACCAUGAACUGUUCAGGCGGGCCGGCACCGGCAAGGGUCAAGAAGUCGACGUAUGAGACUAUACAUGAAGUUGCCAUCUAUAUUCACAGAUUUCACAAUCUCGACCUAUUUAGACAAGGAUGGUAUCAAAUUAGGAUAUCCAUGACCCCGGAUGGAAAUGGGUGCACUUUGCUUACAACUCCUUCUCGAGUGAUCCAAUAUGAAGCAGCUGAAAAUGGUAGCAGAUCUGCAUAUGGAGUGUGGCAGAUUGAUGACACGGAGAACAGCUUCGCAACACAGCCUUUUUGUAUCAAAUAUGCGAGACAAGAUGUAUAUUUAUCUAUCAUGGUCUCCUUCAUUCUAUCCCUCAGUUCGUUUGAGGCUCCUCCUUCAUCUGGUGUGAUUCUGAGGUUUGAGCUUUUGUCUACCUUCGAUGCAGAGAAUGGGUCUUCUCUGCAAUUUCCAACGGACCUUGAUCCAGUUGCAGUUCAUGAAUUUCGAAUUCCUUCAAAAGCUCUGUUAGGAUUGCAUACUUAUUGCCCUGUACAGUUUGAUUCCUUUUAUCCUGUUCUCGUCGAUACUAGCAUACAUAUUACCAUGUUGGAAGCUUCAUCUAAACGUUCAUCCAAGGCACUAGAUCUAGUGAUCUCCGAGGGUCACAAGCAUGCCAUGCUCAUUAAAGCAUUAAUGGUUACGCGUGAUAUACUUCUCGGAGAUCUUCGGAAAAUCAGCAAAGAAAUUGAUCAAGCACUUGACUUGACUGAGUUUUUUCCUGAUCUAGAUGACAAACAACUGUCCUCCCUCGUGCAAUUUAAUCCAGUCCAUGGCAACAAGGUUUCUCAGGUCUUGCCCGAACCAGAAGAUACUUUUGAGGUUGAUCUAUCAAGUUCCUUGCAAUUACUGAGAGACCAAAUUUUUUUUCUAUGGAAUACAUUCUUUGCAUUUCACAGGGCUAAUGGGAAAAAAAUACUAGAUUCUCUUCAUCAUACUUGGGGUGAUAAUAGAAGAGCUGAAUGGUCAAUAUGGAUAGUAUACUCAAAAGUAGACAGGUCGUUUGCUAAUGGCCUCCUUGAAAAGGCUUCUUCAACUCUAAGGAAGUUCCUAAAUGAUCCUGUGCGGACUUCAAGUGCACGGGCUGGCCUUCACCGUCAAAGCAUUGCACAAAUGAAGAUAAACAACCGAUCACUCCAAGAUAUGCAUAUAUACAGAGACCCAUCACACAUUCCUAUUAUCACGAUAGACCAUUUUGUGAAUUCCCCUUCACAUAAAACUGGAGGACAUUCAUAUUUGAAGAAUAAACCAAACACAUCAACGCAAAUGGAUAGUUCAUCUACCGAACCUUCAAAAAUUUUGAAGGUGGUUGUGUUUGUGCACGGGUUUCAGGGACAAAGCCUAGAUUUGAGACUUGUUCGCAAUCAAUGGCUUUUGAUAGAUCCCAAAGUGGAGGUUCUUAUGUCAGAGGCAAACGAAGAUAAAACAGAAGGGGACUUUAGGGAUAUGGGUUUAAGGUUAGCUGAGGAAGUAACAUCUUUCAUGGAAAAGAAAAUCGAGAGAUCCUCAAGGAGUGGGAAUGUAACAGAAGUAAAGCUUAGUUUUGUUGGGCAUUCCAUGGGAAAUAUCAUCAUAAGAGCAGCAUUAUCAGAGAGCAUUAUGGAGCCGUAUUUGAGAUACUUGCACACAUACCUUUCUGUAUCUGGUCCACACUUGGGGUACAUGUACAGUUCGAACAUGCUAUUCAACUCUGGUCUCUGGUUCUUGAAAAAGUUUAAGGGCACUCAGUGCAUUCGCCAGCUUACCUUCUCAGAUGAUCCGAAUCUUAGGAAGACUUUCUUAUACAAACUUUCUAAGCACAAGACCCUUGAGAACUUCAAGAACGUGAUCCUCGUUUCCUCGCCACAGGACGGUUACAUACCAUACCACUCGGCCAGAAUCGAGGCAUGCCCAGCUGCACUUUUAGACUACUCGAAGAAGGGCAGAGUCUUCUGGGAAAUGCUCAACCAUUGCUUGUGCCAGCUACAAGCUCCUUGUUCUUCUAAUCAACGAAUCUUCAUGCGCUGCGAUGUCAACUUCUACAUCCCAUCCUCCAACAGAAACAACUUCAACUCCAUCAUCGGGCGAACUGCUCACGUGGAGUUCCUGGAAUCGGACAACUUUGCCAUGUUGGUUAUGGGGUCUUUCCCUGAACUGUUCGUCUAGUAGAUUGCAGGGUUCCAACUGCCAUAGGGAUAGAACAAUAGAGCAUACUGGAGACAACAGAAGUUUAUCGCCCGAUGAACAAGGAAAAGAAACAAGGUUAUGAGCAACGUGACGAGUGUGUAAAGCGAAAGAAUCCCAUUCUAAUGGAUCCCAUUUCUUUCUUUCAUUAUCUAUUUAUCUUGGCUUUGUUGGAGCUUAAUGUAUAUAUGUAUGCAAGUGAUGCAUUGUUAUUGCUAUUUCUAUCUUUACUACUUGAGGGAAUGGGAGGAUUUCCAUUUCAGGGGAAUCAGAUUUUGUGUUCAAAUUGUAAAAUCGUACUGGCGGUCCGACGGAUAAAAUCUUUUAUUGGAUGCUAAAUUAGUAGUUGAAUCAUGAUCUAUUA